GGCUGGAGAGGGACCAGAGUGGUUGGCCACUUUGAGGUUUGCCAUGGGGACAGAAGGGAUUCUGCUUUGCAUCUUUGUUUGGCAUGUUGUCGCUGUUCAGUCAGUCAUACAUGAGCAGAAUGCUUUGUUCCCUCGUGACUUUUUGGGCUUUUUUGACAACGUCGGGCCUUUUCCAUAUGACACCCUCUUCAGUCAGUGGCAAGCGCCACCUUCUGAGCUACAAUUGCUUGCAGAGUUCCCUCCCAUCGUGAACCUUCCCCAAGUAGAGGUGUUUUGCGAUGAAUCUAAGCUAACCCUGCUGGUUGAUAAGAGAUCUAAUGGCAUGGUUUUGACUAGAGAGGAGAUCCAGCUGGGUUAUGACUGCUUAAGCAGCAAAGAGCUGCCAAACAAAUUCGUCUUCAUUUACAGCUUGGAUGAGUGUGGAACAACACAUGUGGUGCAGAAUGGCUUGGGGAUGUUCACAAAUUCUCUCCACUUCAAUCUCAAAAAUCCUCCCAUUAGCUGGUGGCCAACACCUUCUACUGUGCACAUCUCGUGCAUUCCAAAGAGGUCAUACAAGAAUGAAAAUUUUAUCUCAACACCUCCUGUGAGUGGCGAGGCCAUUACUAUCAAAGCCAUGAAUCCAUCUUGGACAAGUCCUGCUGAGUUGACUGAGUACAGAAGAGGCCAGGUUAUCAGCCUACAGGUGUCUGCCUUCACCAGGCCUGGUCAGCAGCUUUUUAUCCAGUCCUGUUUUUUGUCCUCCUCUCCUGAGCCUCAGAUCAAACCCAGGCAUGCGGUCAUAAUGAAUAAAGGGUGCACAGCCCCGUUGGGCUCGACUCAUGCCCCGGUACAGUUUGUGGCCUCCAGUAGAGCCGAUGUAGUUAAUUUUGUUCUGAACACAUCUUAUCUUAUUUCUGAGCUCUACAUCCACUGCAGUGUCCUCAUCUCAGAUCAGGGCGUCACCUUUACCUCCAAAUCCUGUAACUACAAUGCCAUCCAGUCAAGAUGGGAGGACCUGAGUGGAACGACAGAGGUGUGUGAGUGCUGCAGCUCUAAGUGCAAAGGCCUGUCAAUGAAGCAUCUUUCAGACGAUACCAAGGCUGUUGUGAGUGCUGGCCCAUUUGUCACUGUUGAAAAAGAAGUGACAACAAGCCUCGAACCUCCAGCCUCCAAUCCACAAGAAACCUCUGUUGCUGACUCCAUGCAGUCAGAUGCCUCUGAUGGUACAGACCCAGUUGUUUCUGGGACAUCUUUAUCAAGAAGCAAGCUCUCCUUUCCCACACAGGGUGUUGUUGUGGUGAGUGAGGACCCAGUUUCCAGACUGACCCUUUGGCUACCUGGUCUGGAACAAGAUAAAGAACACGGCAAGAAUCUUGGCUCUGAACCUGGAGAGAAACGAAUAAAUGACAUUCCUGAGCUGCAGCCUCCAACCAAAGAGCAAGAGUUUAUUGUGAGUCCAGAAGGAAAUAAUAUUGGAGAUCAAAAGUGGAAUUUUCUUACACUGCUUGAAGGCUGGGUGCUACCUCCUCCACAUCUAGAUGAAAAGGCUAUUGAAGAAGAAGGCAAGAGAAAAAGAUGGUUUGAAAGGUCAGGGAAGUCUUGCUCAGAGGCUUCACAAAAAGUUUUCAUCCCUCUGCAAAUGGAGAUGACCAAAAACGUCCUAAACCGGGAGGAUUUUACCAAAAGGAGAAAUGAGGUGACUGAAAUGCAGGCAGAUGAGGCUGUAGUGCCCCAUGAAGGAUCACAUGAUGCCCAACGUGUAAUUCACUCUAAAAUUCAGUUCUCCAAAAGUGUUGAUGGAUCUCAGAUGUUGAGCUAUGAGGAAGAAGUGGUGAAGCAGCAACAGGAGGAUGGAAAUGAAGGGAAGCAGGGCCACAAACAAAGUGGUGUGUUCUCAGCUUUCCUGGAUUUGUUAAGGAAGAUGAAUAAAGCAGAAUAACUGCAGCAACACCCCACAAUUCUGUAAAACUUGAACUGAAUAAAAUCACUGGGCAAUUAAA